AUGGCGUUCAACCCGUUCCUGAGCCGUCCCGAUCUGGCCCUUUUGCCCUUUAUGGGCCACAUACCCACAUUGCCGGGGGCUCCCGGCUUCUUCCCUCGUCUUCCACCUGACCUGACUGAGAUGCGUGGUGGUCGUGUCGACGAUGACGGAGUACAAGAUGAUCCGCAGGUAGAACUUGAUGACAAGGAACUGUGGAAUUCAUUCAAUUCCUGUGGUACUGAGAUGGUGAUAACCAAAAGUGGGAGACGGAUAUUUCCCGCUUUUCGAGUGAAAGUCAGUGGUCUGGAUAAGAAGAGCAAGUACAUAUUUCUAAUGGACCUAGUUCCAGCUGAUGAGUGUCGCUACAAGUUCAACAACAGCCGAUGGAUGGUGGCUGGUAAAGCGGAUCCUGAAAUGCCAAAAAGGAUGUAUAUUCACCCUGAUUCGCCUGCUACUGGCGAACAUUGGAUGGCAAAAGGAGCAAACUUUCACAAAUUGAAAUUGACCAACAACAUAUCAGACAAGCAAGGCUAUGUAAGUUAA